UCGCAACCCCUUUGCGGCAUCCCGUACUGGUGCUCGUUUGCGCAGCGUCUCAGUGCGUGUUUUGUGUGGCGUUGUGUAUCGCGCGCGUUGCCAAGGAGCGUGUUUGACUGUGAACCGCAAAAAUAGUGCUGGUCCAAGUAGUGUGGUGGACCUUCGAUACCGUCGCAGAAAACAGAACAUUUAGAGCAAAUUGAAGCCCACCCUCGAGGACUACAUCCUAGAGAUGGAAACCCGGCCACCCGACAGUGGUCAGCUCAUGGAAAAGGACGUGUGGGCGCAGCUGCACCAGAAGGAGGCCGAUCUGCUGCUGGCCGCCGAACUCGGCAAGGCACUGUUGGAGAAAAAUGAGGAACUGAAGAAGAACCAGGAAAAGCUGAUCGACGAUUACUCGGCAAAAGUGGAGAACUUGGAGCAGGAAAAGUACAUCCUAAAGCGACAGUUGGAAAUCAGCUCGAGCGAAAAUGAGGCAAUCAUACUGGAGCUGCAGGGCGACAUCAAGCAGUUCCGGCAGAAGCUGGAAGCGCAGGAGCAAAUCAUGCGCCAGAUGGAGCGGGAGAAGAACAUGCUGAUCGAGGAGCUGACCGCGCAAAACACGCGGCUGUCGAACGAGCUGCAAAAGUCGAACGUAACCGAGCUGCAGCUGACGGCACAGUUGCAGGAGAUCAAGGAGCAGUGCAAUCGCCGCACGCUCAGCAUACAGGACCACGUCAACAGUCUCGAGAGCUUGAAGAACGAGCUGCGGCUAAUACUGGAGAAGAAAAAUGAGCUGGAGAAUCGGCUGCACAUGACGGCGAACGAGCGGGAGAACCUGUCGAUCGCGCUGAACGAAGCGUCGGAAAGGAUACACAUCCUGGAGCGGAGCACGAAGGAGCAGGACACCAAGUACCAGAUGACGGUGCAGACACUCGAUCGGUUGGAGCGCGAGAACGGGACGCUCAGUGAGCGUCUGGAGUCGUUCGAUUCGCAACGUUCGUUGCACGGCGAACUGCAACACCAUUCCUCGCUGCUGCAGGAGAUGAACGGUGAGGAGGAGGGACCCGGAACGAAGGACGAAGCCAGUCAUCUCGUCCUCAAGGAGGCUCAGUCGGUGUACAAACAGCUAAAGACACUAUGCCAAACACUGCGCAGCACUCAUCACGAUGAUGAUUCAGGUCUUCACUCGGAUAUGUCCUUCUCGUCGCUGGACAACACGAUGGCGUCCGUAUCGAUGGCGGCCCCGAACUCGGUGACGGAAGCAACCAGCGCCAGCAUGACCGUGAAUGAUAAGUUCAGUCGCGGCAUGCUGUCCGCCGUCGCGGACGAGCUCGUGCACAUCAUCAUGAACUUGGACGCGAUGCAGUUCAAGACAAUGUUUGAGCAGACGCGAUCGAUGCUGAUCGACCAGGAGGAAGAGAUGAAGAAAAAGAACGAUGUCAUUAUGCAGUUGGAAAGCAAACUAUCGGUGCGGGAGGUGGAGCUGCAGAGUACGAUCGAGGAGCGCAACCAGGCCCGGGAAGAUGCAUCCCAUUCGAGUUUGGCACAGGACGAGACGGUUGUACAGGCGCGCAAGGAUCGCGACGCAGCUAUCGAGCGACGUACAAAGGCCGAGGUUGAGUUGGCGAAGAACCGUGUCGAGCUCAUGCAGGCCAACAGUCAGCUGCUGGAAGCGAUCCAGCAGAAGGUGGAGUUGCUGCAGCAACUCGAACAGUGGCAGAUCGAUAUGCACGAGCUAAUCGAGGAGCAGAUGAAAAACAAGCUGAUCGAGUCUAGUACAAAACCGCAGCAACAUCAGCAGCAGUCGCAGCAAUCGUCCGGCGCUUCAACGGCCGGUGGUCGCAAGAGCCGCCUGCUGGAUCUGUUCUACCACCGAUAGAGCCUGAUGGCGUUGGUUGGGGAUUAAAAGAGGGCCGGGAAAGCAUCCAAGCGAAUGUGGAGGUUCACUGAUGCAUUUAACUUAUGAUGGUAGAGCACGAAUUCCUUUGGGCGCAUAUCUGAUUGCAUUCCGAUUACGAACCACCUCCGCAACCAACCGGUUUACCAAGGACGUUGUUAUUCUGCGAUUGAAGAGCACACUUCACGCGCUAGAUGCAUGAGAAUGUGCGGAGUUUGUCAUAACUGCCUCGCCAAUACAACCUCACUCCUUCGACCAAAGGACCAGAAGAGUUCAUGUUCGUGACGCGAUGCUGCUGUUCGGUCGUCUUCUUUGGAACUUUUUUGAUCGCCUGGACUCAAUAUGGACGGAUUGGUCAUCUUACUACCGUGCGAGUCUACCAUCACCCGUGGCGUUGCGUCGAAACUAAACACAAUGAACAGUUACGUUAAAGGCAUGGGCAGACUUUCGAGGAACGCAAGAACCUAGGCGCCGGAUUAGAGUAAUAUUAAUUUUAUUCCUUUACCUAGACGGAGCGGUAUUCUUAAUUUACCCCUGAUUAACCUUUAUGUGUCGCUAACCAAAUCUUAUCGUUAACGUAUCAUUAUUCGGACGGAGGCUCCAGAGGUUUUAGUGCACGGAUGCGUUGUGUGCGCGCGGAGUUUUGUUUUCUAUUGCAAGGUGUAUAAAAAAAAACCACACACACAAACGCACCGUUGCAAAAUGUGAUAAGAAUUGAUUAAACAAAAAAAAACAAAGCAACAGUGUACACGCGUAUGAGAAUUACAAUCACACUAAAGCACGGAAAAUUUAACGGUGGCCUUUUCGUUCGAACGCAAGUGAUACAUACACUGAGCUGCUUUAUUAUGCGAUAAAUAACAGUGAGAGUUACUAAUACUGAACAUCCUAAGUAAACUAAGUGGACGGCUGCAGAGUGAAUGCAAACGUUGUUUCCAUUGCAACGCCAGAGUCGGGACGAGCAAUGGAUGACCGUAGCGUAAAAUAAAUUUUCUAUGAACGUUGAAUGCUGCUCGCACUCGUUGGAGCCAAUAGCGGUGCAGUUAACGCGCAGCAGGACAAUGAUUAAUAUUUGUAUAUACUCGUAUU